UAAUCCUUUUUAAUCUGAUGACAUCAUUAGCUGGAUGCCAUAGAGUUUCCUUGUUUUCUUUCCCCUCUUAGAGUUCUUGAUUAUAGGGAGAUCAGGAUCUUCAGGACUUAUAAUUCCCCAAAACAAGAUCAUGAUCAAAGUAGCCUAAUUUUGCUUCUCAGCUAAGCUAACCUUUUCACAUUUAUAUUUUCAUUUAUAAUAUAUUUGCAUAUAUAUAUAUAUAUAUAUGUGUGUGUGUGUGUGUGUGUGUGUAUAAUCUCAAUCUCCUAGUAGGGUUCCGCAUGCUCACAUCUGCUCCUUAGCUUUAGCUCCUUUCUACCAAAAUCUUCUUUCUUUUCUUAUUCCCCAAGCACCCAAAAAAAAGAAAAUCUAGACGAUCAUUAAAAUCCUCACUAGCUGCGGUUUCACACUAUCAUUAAAUUUCCAAGCUGGGUUUUUUUUUCUCACAUGGAUAUCGAACACCAAGAGACUAGGUUUCCACCACUAGCUGCCAGCGAUCAGGAGCGAAAGCCCCCAAAGAAACUGAGCGCGGAAGAGAUGGAGAGCAACAAUGGAGGACUGUUUCUGAAGCUCAAGGUUGCAAAGCCGGAACCUUUAGGCCAAAACCCUCAAAACUUUUCUGCUGCUCCGCUGCCGGAAUUUACCCGAUUCUGCGAGGUCUGCCUCAAGGGUUUCAGCUCAGGUAAGGCUCUCGGAGGCCACAAGAGAAUGCAUGUUCAAGCUAACAAGGAAUUGUUUAAUCAGUCUCGCAAGAACACGAUUUCAUCAAAACCCAACAACUCGAAACCAAGAAAUUCCAAUGUUGGAAGCUCGAAUGCUGGUGGGAUUUUGGGGAUUGGAGGAAAUAGCAGCAGCAUCAGCAAUAUGAAGCCUGUUUGUUACGUUUGCGGCAAGAAUUUUCCGUCGAUGAAGUCACUUUUUGGGCAUAUGAGGUCGCAUCCAGAGAGAGAAUGGAGGGGAAUUCAGCCGCCUCCGACCGCCAAAAACAGCUCUUCUUCCACUGUGUCAGAUGCUGUGCCUGAUCAGAGUAAUAGGAAAGCUCAGGAGGAUCAGAUUGAGUCUGAUGAGACGUUUUUCAGGUCGAAAAGUUCGGUUCUUAAUCUGUCCAAGACUCUGCCUAAAUGGUCACAAACCGCAAGGAGAGGGAGGAAGAGCGGCAGCACCGGAUUUGAGUCCGACUCUGACCAGUCCGUCUCCGGAUUGGAUUCGAGAAGUCCCAGGACUGUUGAAGAAGACGAAGAGCAGAUGGAGGAAGCUGUCCAUGAUCUUUUGAUGCUAGCUCAGGCCAAUCCAUUGGAAGGAGGAGGAGCUGAUGAGACCAUGUGUGAGGUCACCAACAGCAAUUUCUUGAUCACCACCAAUCAGGACCGAGAGGGUGGACUUCCAUACCACGGGUACACUGCACCUGCCACCGUGGGGUCCACAAACAAGAGGAAGGGAGCAUCAUCUGAGGUGAAGAGGAGCGAUAAAAAAGGGUAUGAUGCAUAUGGCGGUGGGUUUGGUCAAGAAAAGUCAACGGUGAAGAAUUUCUUGAAGCUUGGAUUAAUGGAGGAGGAAAAUAUUGGAAACCAUAAUAAUAUGGAGGAUGAAUUGUCAGACAGUCAGAAUUCUGAGAGCAUUGCGGUGGUGAGGAGGAAGAGGAGGAAGAUGAAGUUGGUGGACUUGGAAGGAAGGCUGAGGUACAAGUGCAAUCUCUGUGCGAAGUGUUUCCCGAGCCACCAAGCUCUGGGAGGACACAUGUCAAGCCAUAACAAGCUCAAGGGGAUCACGGUGGCCCACUCAUCAAUGGAGGACCCGUCUGCAUCCGCUGACGAUCCGGCUGCUGAAGAUAGGGUGCAUGGUGAUGAAGCAGAAAGAGUAGCACUUGAUCAUCAGCAGCGCCACCAGUGCAAAAUCUGUAACAAGACCUUCCCAACAGGUCAGGCUUUGGGGGGUCAUAAGAGGUGCCACUGGACUGGCCCCACUGAGCAGCAGCAGCAGCAGCAGGUGGUGGUGGUGGGUCCUUCUGAGCAGCUACAGCAGCAGCUGCAAGCUCAUUCCAGUCAGACUAUAGUAGGUGGUGGUGGUGGGGGAAAAGUUUUGAACUUUGACCUAAAUGAGCUUCCACCAAUGGAGGAGGAUAACCAGGAAGGUGCAGGUACAGGUUAUCAGUAUGGUGGGGCAGCAGCAGCUGGAUGUUCAACUUCUUCUUAUAAUUCAGUUACUAAUUAGCUAGCCAGCUGAAGAAUCUGAGGUUUUCUAUCUUCUCCUCUCAGUCUCUGGCUAGCCGAUAUUUUUUUAAGGGUUUUUGGAUAGUUCAGUUAGUUCUUGUCCUUUAGUCUUAGAUACCCUACUGCUCUUUCCAGUUUGAUCAAAGUGGGGUCCAUUCCCAUUGGCUUUUUGGGUUAAUUUUCCUCUUGUAAAAAAGCAUGAUGAUAUGGUCUUCUCAAGGUUUUUGCUUUAGUGGAAGGAGAUUUCCAAUAUCCAAAUGGUCCUAUUGGGAGGAAGAUGAUGUAAAGAAUCUGCAGGACUUCUGCAUACAUACAGUGUUUCUUUUUGGUUAAA